AACACUGGUGUGUUGCAGUAUUUUUUACCGAGAGAAAAAAGAAGCGAACUAACCAAUAUGUCUGGAAGAGGAAAAACCGGAGCCAAGGUCCGCGCUAAGGCCAAGACCCGCAGCUCCCGAGCCGGUCUGCAGUUCCCCGUCGGCCGUGUCCAUCGUCUCCUCCGCAAGGGCAACUACGCCGAGCGAGUGGGCGCCGGGGCUCCCGUGUAUCUGGCCGCCGUGCUGGAGUACCUCACCGCCGAGAUCCUGGAGCUGGCUGGAAACGCCGCCAGAGACAACAAGAAGUCCCGCAUCAUCCCCCGUCACCUGCAGCUGGCGGUCCGCAACGACGAGGAGCUCAACAAGCUGCUCGGCGGCGUCACCAUCGCCCAGGGCGGCGUCCUGCCCAACAUCCAGGCCGUCCUGCUGCCCAAGAAGACCGGACAGUCCGCACCCAGCUCCGGCAAGGCGGGAAAGAAGGCCUCCUCUCAGUCCCAGGAGUAUUAGCUGGCCGGCUAAUAACUCUCAGCCCAAAGGCCCUUUUAAGGGCCACCCAGUCCUCCGUUAAAGAGCAGUCUGUCCUUGUGUUCCUCUUGAGCAUGACUUUUUAAUUUAAUAAACGUUUUUUAUACAA